UCUCUUCAAUUGUUUGCAACACGACGAUGCAUUUGUACGAUGACUGCCUAUGUAAAGCUAAAAUUCUCAUUUUUCGCUUCUCCAUGGCUAUCCCCUGAACUUCUACAAUGGAUCUCCUCCUCUCCACACCCAUUCAUCGUCUUCCUCUUACUCAAAAACCUAAUCACACAUACCAUCGCCACCGACUCUUUAAUAAUCCCCCUCAUGUUCGCACCACGACUGCUGAGAAAAAUGCUCAUUUAUGCGUAGCCCACCAACUGUUCGACGAUAUUCCUAUAUGGGAUACUUUUGCUUGGAACAAUCUGAUUCAAACCCAUCUCACCAGCGGUGAUGUGGGGCAUGUUAUUUCUACUUAUCAACAGAUGUUGUCUCGAGGGGUUCGCCCCGAUAACCACACCCUUCCUCGAGUUAUCUGCGCCUCCCGUCACUAUGGUGAUCUGCAGCUUGGCAAGCAGCUCCAUGCUCAAGCCUUCAAACUUGGGCUCUUCUCUAACCUCUAUGUAUUUACUUCCUUGAUUGAGCUGUAUGGGAUUCUUGACAGUGCUGACACUGCAAGGUGGCUCCAUGACAAGUCGGCUUGCAGAAACGCUGUUUCUUGGACCAUGUUAGCCAAGCUGUACUUGAUGGAAGAUAAACCCAGUUUUUCCCUAGACUUGUUUUACCAAAUGGUGGAGUUGGCGGCUGAUAUUGAUGCAGUGGCAUUGGCCACUGCUAUUGGUGCCUGUGGUGCACGUAAACUGCUGCAACACGGAAGAAAUAUCCACCAUGUCGCCAGAAUUCAUGGCUUGGAAUUUGAUGUCUUGGUCAGUAAUUGCCUGUUGAAAAUGUACCUUGACUGUAGCAGUAUCAAAGAUGCUAGGGGGUUGUUCAAUCGAAUGCCGUUCAGAGAUAUCAUUUCGUGGACAGACCUCAUCCAUUUUUAUGUUAAGAAUGGUGGAAUCAAUGAGGCCUUAAAGCUCUUUCGACAGAUGAAUAUGGAUGGAGAAUUGAAGCCUGAUCCUCUCACAAUCAGCAGCAUUCUCCCAGCCUGUGGAAGAAUCGCUGCUCACAAGCAUGGAAGAGAGAUUCACGGAUACGUGCUUAAAAAUGAUUUUGAUGACAAUCUCAUUGUCCAAAAUGCUUUAGUUGACAUGUAUGUCAAGUCUGGAUGUAUCCAAUCUGCAUUGAAAAUUUUCUCGAGGAUGAAGGAGAAAGACAUGGUUUCUUGGACUGUCAUGAUCUCGGGCUACAGCUUACAUGGGCAAGGAAAACUUGGAGUGGGUUUGUUCCGUGAGAUGGACAGGAACUUUAGGGUGCAUAGAGAUGAGAUCACUUAUACUGCAGUUUUGCAGUCUUGUAGUACUGCAAGCAUGGUAGAGGAAGGGGAUUUUUACUUCAAUUGCAUUACCGAACCAACCAUGGCACACUUUGUUUUAAAGGUGGCUCUUUUAGGCCGGGCAGGACGAUUCGAUGAAGCAAGAACAUUUGUCGAUAAACAUAAACUCGACAAAAAUUCAGAGAUUUUGAGAGCAUUGCUCGAUGGAUGCAGGAAGCACCAUCAACACAAACUAGGGAAGCGAAUCAUUGAGCAGCUGUGUGAUUUGGAACCUCUAAAUGCCGAGAAUUACGUUCUACUUUCAAACUGGUAUGCCAGCAACGAAGAAUGGGAGAUGGUCGAAAAGCUGAGAAAAACUAUUAGAGACAUGGGAUUAAGACCAAAGAAGGCUUACAGUUGGAUGGAGUUCCGCAACAAAAUCCAUGCAUUUGGCACAGGGGAUGUAUCCCACCCAAGAUCGCAGGCCAUAUAUUGGAAUUUACAGUGCCUGAUGAAGAAAAUGGAAGAAGAUGGUUUCAAGAGGAAUACAGACUUCAGAUUCCACGACGUGGAUGAGGAGCGAGAGUGUGCUCCGAUAGGACACAGCGAGCUCUUGGCAAUUUCCUUCGGGCUGAUUAGUACAGAAGCAGGAAGGACAAUUCGUAUUUCAAAGAACCUUCGUGUAUGCCAUAGUUGUCAUGAAUCCGCGAAGUUCAUAUCCAACAAGGUUGGACGAGAAAUCAUAGUAAAAGAUCCGUAUGUUUUCCAUCAUUUCAAGGAUGGCCGUUGUUCUUGUGAAGAUUUUUGUUAGGCUUAUCUGUUAUGUUCCUUGUUUUAGUUUUAAUUUGCACAUAAAAUCCACUUAACUUCGUUGUUUAGUGAGCAAUUACAUGUGGUAAUGAGGAUGUAUGAGGUGGGGUAUUAUUUGGGAAUAACCUUCAAGACUUCAUUCAA